AUGGCUUUGAUUCCGGAUUUUCUUCGACCCUUCUUAAAGCUUGUCUUUGCUCGCGCAGUGAUUGACGCUCGAUCCUCGAGGCCUCCAGUAAGGGAGGACGAGGUCGAUCGUGACAAGCGGCGAGAGUUCGCGGAAAAGCAGAAGUCUGCAAUGGACUUAAAAAAGAAGAAGGAAAAGAAGAAGAAUCUCGAUUAUCAAGCGCUGGAGAUGCGUCGAGCGAAGUCUAGGCAGAGGGGGGAGCUAGAAGAAGAAUCCCUCGACGAGGACGAUGGCGGCGAUGGUGACGACGAUAGCGAUGAUUCCGAGGGAAUGGCGUCCCGUCUCGACCAGAUCCUCGAGGGCCCUCCCCCGACCGGCGUCGACGUCCCGCGGACGGGAGUCCCAAAGGGGGCGCCAAGCGGGUCUCGUGAAAGUCAGCAGAGGGAGUCGUCUCCACGUCGUUCUCGCGCCGACACUCCUCCAGAGCCUGUGCCCGGUCGGACCGUCCCCCGCCCCCAACCUCCUCCCGCGUCUAAGGCGGGCCACCGGGUUAAGUCCCUGACGACGGGGCUGCUGACUCGCGGUCGCGCCGCGGCCUCGAGUAACGGGGGAACGGAUCGCGGGAGUACCGGUCUAGGCGCCGGCCAGGCGGAAGAUGCUGAUCCGAUACCGGCGCCCGCUCGUGAGGGCCCCGGAGCCUCGACGCGGGGUGGCUCGAAGCCUGCUGGUCGAGGGACCGGCUCUUCCGAUCCUCGGCCAUCGGCCGGUGCCGAGGGCGCCCCGCCACGUCCAUUGGUGGGGGUGCCCACCCCGCCGUCACCGAAGCAGGUCGAGGCGCCUCGCCCCCAAGAACAGGAGGGAGCCCCCGAGCCUCCCCAAUCUGGGGUCGAGGAGGAUCCUAUCACGAUAAGUGACGGAUCCAGUGGCGACAGGCUCUUGAGGGACGCCCGCCCCAUGGACGAGGAGGAAGGGGAAGAAAGAGAGGAGGGGCGCCGGCCGGAAGGAGCCCAGCUUGAGGAACUGCUAGAGCAGAAUGGGCAGGAGGAGCUGCGGGAGCUCCAGGAGCAGCAGCAGCAAAGGAGCCAGCAGUUAGAGGGACUGCUCGAGCCGCCGCCCCGCAGUCCAUCCCAGCCGGUGCUGCCGACGCCGCAAGAGCUUGAGACCAGGCAGGAGGGUGUACCGGUCUAUGGCCCUCCGACCUCGGCGUGGCUCCGUCCAGGAGCGCCCGCUUCUAUCCCAGUGGAGCCAAGGCAGGCGGAUGACGUAGUGGCGCUUGCUUGCAUGAUGCGCACCCCGGUGGACCCUCAGUCCGAGAUUAAGGGCACGGUCUACGGCAUCGAGGGGAUCGCUCCCAAAUUUCUCUAA